GUUUUCUCUUCUGCCUGCGUGAGAGGAAGUGUGCCUUUCCUGCCAGGGGAGGGUCUUGGAUUAACUCAGCCCUGUCUGCUUUCAUACCAAACGCUCAGCUGCUGCCGAAGGAUAUACUGUAGCCACACUGGCUGCAAAGCUAACUCACAGACUGGAGGCUGCUGUAGUUUAUAUUGGCCAACUGCAGUAGCAACUAAGCGGAGGAGAUUGUUUUCAGUUUCUGUGUGAAAGAGCCAGCGAAAGGGAGGAGGGAGGAGGAACGUUAACUUAACCAAGCCACUAGUUUGUGUCUUUUGGGAGAUAAAGACAUAAUUACGGAGAGAAAAGGAGAAAACGGUCUUGUGUCAGGUUACAUACAUGGCCUGAUGGGAGAGAUAUACAAGGUUUAACGCAGCAUGUCCAUUGGAGCGAGGCACCCUGAGGCUGAGACAGGAUUUGUCCCCAGUGUUCAAGACUUUGAUAAGAAGUUAGCGGAAGCUGACGCCUACCUACAGAUUCUGAUUGACCAGUUAAAGCUGUUUGAUGAGAAGAUCAAGGACUGCAAAGAGGAUGAAUCACGCCGAAAGAUUGAAAAUUUGAAAGAGACGACUUGUAGCAUGGUAGAGUCCAUUAAGCACUGUAUUGUACUGCUGCAAAUCGCCAAGGACCAAAGUAACGAACAGCAACACGCAAACGGACUUAUAAGCACCAUUAACCCAGUGGAUGGGAUCUACCAGCCCCCUCUGGACACUCCUGUAGACAACACCACGAUGCCAACACAGACCACACUACCCACAGACGCUUCUCAGGUGUGUAAAUCAGACCAACGGCCUUCAACGUUAUCUGUCGGUCCCGUCAUCACAGUGAUGGGCAGUCUGCAGACCCCAACUCCUAACAGCACAGGGAGUGGCCCGUCAGGCCCCAGCAGUGGCGUCGCCUCCCCAGCUCACAUGCCCCUCCCAUCGCACUCGGUGCCAGAUUUCUCUUAUUCUUCCAGUGAGGAUGAGUUCUACGAUGCGGAUGAGUUCUACCAGAGUAGCAUGUCCCCCAAACACUGCUUAGAUCCUUCAGGGCCUCCAGCUGCCUCGUCCCUCACUAAUGCAGAAACGGCUUUGAAACGACCAGACACCACAGAGUCCCUUAACUCGUCCAUGUCCAACGGCACAACUGAUGCAGAUCCGUUUGAUAGUCACGAUGACCGUGACGAUGACGGGGAGGGCGAGUCUGUGGAGGAGCACAAGAGUGUCAUCAUGCAUCUUCUCUCUCAAGUUCGUUUGGGCAUGGACCUCACCAAGGUUGUCCUGCCUACCUUCAUUCUAGAAAGGAGAUCUUUGUUAGAAAUGUACGCAGACUUUUUUGCACAUCCCGAUCUAUUUGUAAGUAUCGCUGAGCAGCCGGAGCCCCGGGAGCGCAUGGUUCAAGUGGUAAAGUGGUACCUGUCUGCAUUUCAUGCAGGGAGGAAAGGCUCAGUGGCCAAGAAACCUUAUAACCCAAUCCUGGGAGAAGUCUUCUUCUGCCACUGGGAUCUUCCCACUGAAACAGAGGAGCCUUCCCUGAACGUGGUCAGACCAGUAACCCCUCAGGAGACGGCAUCAGACGGACCAGUUCCAUGGUCUUCAGCCAACAGUGUGCGUUUUGUGGCAGAGCAGGUCUCUCACCACCCACCCAUUUCUGCAUUCUACGCGGAGUGUUUAAAUAAGAAGAUCCAAUUCAACGCUCAUAUCUGGACCAAGUCUAAGUUCCUUGGCAUGUCCAUCGGUGUCCACAAUAUUGGCCAAGGUUGUGUGUCAUGUUUGGAGCACGAUGAGCAUUACAUCCUCACCUUCCCUAACGGAUAUGGCAGGUCCAUCCUGACUGUGCCCUGGGUGGAGCUAGGUGGCGAAUGCAACAUCUCCUGCUCCAAGUCGGGCUACAGUGCAACUAUUGUGUUCCACACCAAACCUUUCUAUGGAGGGAAGAAGCACAGGAUUACAGCUGAGAUUUUUGCACCGAAUGACAAGAAGUCUUUCUGCUCCAUUGAAGGAGAAUGGAACGGAGUGAUGUAUUCCAAGUUGGCAACAGGAGAGAACACAUCGUUCAUAGACACUAAGAGGCUGGGCAUCGUUAAGAAGAAAGUGAGAAAGCUGGAAGACCAGCUUGACUAUGAGUCCCGAAGACUGUGGAGAGAUGUGACUUUGAACCUAAAAUUGAAAGACAUCGAUGCAGCAACGGAAGCCAAACACCGGCUGGAGGAGAAACAGCGAGCCGAAGCCAGAGACAGGAAGGAGAAUGAGCAGCAGUGGGAGACCAGGCUAUUCCAUGAGGAUGGAGAGUGCUGGGUCUAUGAUGAGCCUCUAUUAAAGAGAUUAGCCUCUCAGAGGCACUAAGGAGACUACGCACACGCUGAAAUUCACACAAACAUAUGCAUAAGGAAAUGCACACAACAGAGUCUUCAUAAGAACUCUUUUGCAAAAACCACUUCUUUUCCAAGCCUUGGAAUGACUGAUGAUUGAUUAUGUAUGUACACAGCUUUGCAUUUGACUGUAAAAUAACCAUAUGGAAAUGAAUGAAAUCAAAUGGAAAAGCAUCUAAGAUGUAUCAAGUUAAUUAGUAAAGCUCCUUUACUUAUUUGGGCAAUGUUACUUCCACCACCACCGAUACCCACCACCACCCGCCAACAUGAGACUCAGCGGAGCAGAGACAGAUGGGUAGUGUCUCAUCUCUCAGCCACACCCUUCAUCAGCUCCACAGGACAAGCCAGAGCCAGAGCAUCACUCCUUUCCUUACAUAUUUUAAUUUUUUGGACGGGGGGGCUGCAAUAGGUGGGUGGUUGAAGAUGUUCAAAUCAAACAACACUUGACAAAUAAAAUAGCGCUCUACAUCUCAGGGAAUCUGGUGUCUGAGGAAAGAAAGCUGCUGUCCCCUCUGAGAGUCUGACAGCCUUAAAACGGUGGAAUGGAUGAAUCUUUAACAGGGCGAAGAGAAACUCUCAGCUUGCCUGCAACUAGUUGUAACUGUUGUUUAUAUAUAGAUAUACAUAUGAUGGAUAUAUAAAUAUAUAUUCUUUUUUUAUUUUCAAUGCAUUUUUUGUUAAUUUUAGUUUCUGGCAAUAGUGUAAAAUAUAUGUGGACAUGAACAUGAUGGCUUUACAUCUUUAAGAAUCAUUCCAUUUCAAGUUUAUUUUGCCACCUAUUCCAUCUUUUACACUUUUCUGUGUUAUCAGAGGCAACACCCUACAUAAGCCAUAACAUCUGAACAAACUAAUCGGCAGAGCUGUGAUAGACUUGUGGAUAUAUGCAAUAUAUAGAUCAUCAAAGGACAAAUUUGGGUGUCCAUUACGCCAAAAAGGUUUAGUGAAGUGGCUAAAGGGACUUUUAUUCGGGCAGAGAACAAACAAAGUACCUGAAGGCAUUUAUGAACAAAUGAUUGUUUACAUAUAUUUGUCUUUCUGGAUCACUGAUCCAAGAUGAGGACACAAGGCUAGGGUUGGGUGUGUAAAGUCGCUCUGUUUGUUCUGCAGCUCACCUAUCCUUGUUUCUUCUCCAAGUCAAUGGGAUCAACUUGAUGGGUUACUUUUGGGUUGUUGGAAGGUGAUGAGAGUUUAAGCAGCGGAUCAGAGUCGACUACUGAUGCUAGAUUACAGCCUGUGUUCCACCUCAUCAGUCUUUCUUUGCAAUUGUUUUUAUUUCUUUAAAGAUUAACAAAUUGUGGGCAAUAUUUCUCCUACUCAACACCAUUGCUUUUCAAAUCGUAAUGCGUUCUCUUAUUUACAGCUACAUAGGUUGAAACUAAAUACAUUGAUAUUUGGAUGAAAUGCAUAAAUAAACAAUUUUCACCAGAAAA